AUGAGGGGACCUCAUCUUGCUGCUGCUGCUGCACAUGAUGCAGCAGCAGAAGCCGCCGCGGCUGCAGCGGCGGCAGCAGCAGGCAAUGCGGCAUCAGCUGGAGAUGUGCUAGAAGCAGCAGCAGCGGCUGCUGCAGCACCAACAACAGCAGCAGCGACAGAACACUCUAGACCACCAGACUCCAGCAGUGAAGUUUCUGUGCUGGCUGAUUGCCUGUGGCACCCCGCUGCUGCUGCUGUUGCUGCUGCUGUGGAUGUGGGGCCCUCGCUGUUCCUCUCCUGCUUGGAGGCCCCCGAAACGUCCAUACACUUCAGAGACAAAGUGCAGCCAAUAUUGCGCCCACAGCAGCAGCAGCAGCAACAGCAGCAGCAAGAGGAAGAAUUGAGGGGACAUCCCAUGCAGCAUCUGCUGCUCAGGGUUCGGGGGACAGUAACACGCCAGCAGUCUUUGGGCCGUCGGCUUUGCUUCAUUGAUAUAAUGUCGCAGCAUGUAGUAGCAGCAGCAGCAGCAACAAAAGCAUCAGCAGCAACAGCAGCAGCAGCAGGAGCAGCAGCAAAAAGAAGAACGGCAGCUGCAGGAUCUGCUCCACGAGAAACAGCAACAGCUUCAUCAUGUGACGAGACCUCAGCAAAAGCAGAUGCAGCAGGAGCAACAGCAACAGCAACAACAACAGCAGCAGCAGCAGCAAACUUUCCUGCGACAGUGGCGGCAACAACAACCGCAACGCCAACGGUCCCACCACCGCCAGCAGCAGCAGCAGUAGCAGCAAUGGCAGCAACAGCAGCAGCAACCACAGCAGCAGCACCAAUAGCAACAGCAGCACCACCAGCAGGAGCAGCAGAGUCAAGUAUUUCUCUCUGUUGCAGCGUUUCCUCUCCUGAUGUGGGCGGGCUGGAUGUACACCGCAGCAUUUUGAGGCGGCUUCGCCUCGGGGAUUGCGUGGAGGCCGUGGGAGUGCUGGAAAGGAAGAGACACCAACAGGAGCAACAGCAGCAGCAGCUGCAGCAGGGUCAGCAAAAGGAGCAGCAGCAACAGCAGCAGCAGCAGCAGCAGGAUCAGCAAAAGGAGCGGCAACUGCAGCAGCUGCAGCAGUUGGCGUUAAAGCUUCGAGGAGCCGUGACACCGAGUGCUGUCGAGACAGCGCUCCAAGAGGUGACGCGAGUAAUUGGUUUUAAGGUUUUAGCGCUUCGGGCCCACAGGCCUGCAGCAGCAGCAGAAGCAGCAGCAGCAGAAGCAGCAGCAGCCGUUGCAGCAGCAGCAGCCUUAGAGAAGGCCCAGCGCAUCCCGGUGCUGCACGGCAGACUCCGUGUUGCAUUUCCUUCUCUGCAGCCUGUAGCGCCUAUUGUAGCAGAACACGAAAGCGCACCAGCAGCAACAUCAGCAGCAACAUCAGCAGCAACAUCAGCAGCAACCGCAGCAGCAGCCGCGGGGGAGCUUUCCAGGGUAUGUAAGAUGUAUCUGCUUGCUGGCAGCUGUGGGCGCGCUGGCUGUCCCCUUUUGCAUGUCAGGGACGGGAUGCUGAGGAGACAGUUCGACGUGCUGAAGGCACAGAGACAGGUGCAGCGCGUGCAGCAGCAGUUGCAGCAGCUGCAGCAGCAACCGCGACAGCAGCAGCAGCAGCAGCUGCUCCUGCUCCGCGAGCUGCCCCAGCAGCCUCCCUGUGGUCUUCUUGGGGGCACCUUUUCCGCCCUUACACUGCAAGACGACCCCCACAAGCAGCAGCAGCAGCAGCAUCCACAGCAACAGCAGCAGCAGCAGCAGCGGGUGUAUCCUAGGAGUCUGCGUGGUUUGGUGUUUGCUGAAUGGUUGGUGCGUACGUAUGGCGUGGAACGGCUGAGAAGAGGAAGCGGAGUUGUUGAGGUGGGGGGAGGGAGAGGAGAAUUGGCGUUUGAAUUGGCAGUUAAGUACGAAAUACCCACUACAAUCAUCGACCCCAGGUGUACGUACACCCCAAAACACGAAGCUCCACAGACACCCGAUGGGUGCACAGAGGAAGUAUCAAUACAGCAGCAGCAGCAGCAGAGACAUGCGCGAGAUGUGGAUCACGCAACAGCAGCAGACGUAGCAACAGCAGUAGCAGAUGCAACAGCAGGAGAUGCAGCAACCGCAGCAGCUGCAGCAACAGCAGCAACAGCCUGCUCGCCUGCUGCUGCCAUUCCCUUUCCCCGGCAGGGUAUAAGCUCCGCAAUGAAGAGCAGCAGCAGAAGCUCGUUCGAGUGUCCCCUCCGGCUGAACAAGAGACAGGCUGCGUGGCUGCUGCAGCAGAAGGGGUUGAGGGGCAGAGAAGCAGAAAACUUUUUUAGGGGAUCGGUGGAGACGAUCCCAGCUUUAUUUAAUCUUAAUCUAAUUCGAGAUAACAACUACAUCCGGCAGAAACUGAUGACAGCAUCAGCAAUCGUUGGCCUUCACCCAGAUGAAGCAGCAGGAGAUAUAGUUGAACUCGGACUCGCAUUGCACGCAUGCAGGCGCAGCAGCAACAGCAGCAACAACAGCAGCAGCAGCAGCAAUAACGGAAACAGCAAUGGAAGCACCGGCAACAAUAACAGUGACAUCUGCAAUGUUGGGGAUAACAACAAGCCACACACGCAGCAGGGACAGAAACGGCAGCAGCAGCAGCAAGCCGCAGCAGCAGAGCUGCCAGAGUUGGCCCUUGCUGUUGUCCCCUGCUGCGUCUUCUCGGAGAUGUUCCCUGAUAGGCGAGUGCCUAGUGCUGCAGCAGAAGCAGCAGCAGUCUCUCCAUCUGCUGCAGCAGCAGCAGCGGCUGCUGUUGCUGCGUCUGAUGUCCCCAGUGCACCAAACCCUUCAGCUGCUGCGGCCGCUAUUGCUGCAGUUGCUGCAGCUGCUUCCUCUGCCAAUACGCCUGCUGCUGCUCCUUUAGAGGGCUCAGCUGCAAGCUGUGGUGUUUUGCUGCGCCAGCAGAAGGCCCCUGAUGCUGCUGCAGCCUGCCCCCCAGGGGGCCCCGCAGGGGGCCCCCCCGUGGGUGCAAACGGGUCUCCUUCGGCUCUUCAGAGCCGGGAUCUCUCCGCUGAGGGCCCCCCUCUAUGCCCUCUUGCGGACUCCCCUGGGGUAUCCCCUGGAGGCCCUCCUGGGGCCCCCUCUGGAGGCUAUCCUGGCGGGCCCCCUGGGGGCCCUCCUGGGAACUCCCUUGGAUGCCCCCCUGGGGACUCCCUUGGAGGGCCCCCCGGGGCCCCUCUCUUCACUGCAGGUGCAGGGGGGGAUGGACAUACGGUCGUACGUACGUACGAAGAGCUUUUGCUUUGGCUGCACCUUCGGGACCCGCAGCGGCGGCUGCAGCAGCAAACGCUGCCUAUGAAGCAGCAACAGGAGCAGCAGCAGCAACAGCAACAGCAGCAGCAGCUGCCUCUGCAGCAGCCGCUGCAACAGCUGCAGCAGGAACGUGGCCGCGUUGACUGGCGUGGCGGCAGCAGCAGUCGCAUCCGUACGACUACAGCAGCAUCAGGAGCUGAAGAAGCAUCAUCAUCAUCAGCAGCAGCAGCAGCAACAGCAGCAGCAAACAACGACAGCAAGGGCAGAAGCAGCAGCAACCGCAGCGGCAUCAGCAACUGCAGCAGCAGCAGAGUUUUCCAUGGAAUGGAGGACGGAUACGACUUUGAGUAUGAGUCAGACGGGGGCCCCUGGGGCCCUGAAGAAGAGGCAUCUGCCGUGGCGCUGCUUGAGGAGGUGCUGCAGCGGGAGGAGGAAGCUGCUCAGAAGGCUUGGUCUUUUAAGUCUCUCCUCUCCCUUACGCUGCUCUUUCUAAGCGAAGGGAACUUCUUGCGUGCUGCUGCAGACUACCGGCGGCUGCUGCAGCUGCUGCCUGCUGUUGCUGCUGGAGAUGCAGCAGCAGCAGUGCAGGCGGUCCUCUCCGCUGCCACCAAACGCGCUGGCAUCCGGCAGUACGACGGGCUACCCGACGUUUUUGCUGCUGCACCGCAGCAGCAGCAGCAGCAGGAGCAUGGAGAUGCGUCUCUUGCUGCGAGGCAGCAAACGCCUGAAGCCCCACAGUCUCUCAGCAAAGGAGCGAGCAGCAGCAAGACCCUUUCUCUGCAGCAAGGCGAACAGCAGCUGGAGGAGCUGAUGUUGUCGACGGUUGCUGCCUUGGAAUCUCAGGGGCUGAAGGCAAAGGCUGCGGGCCCACGUCUGCAGUCAAUUGCUGCUGCUAUAUGUACAGCUGGGCGAAUGGACGAAGGACACUGGAAACAGCUGCAGCAUCUGCUGCCGCACGCGCUGCAGCUUGCUGCUGCCUCCUUAGACCCCAGAAGCGCAGCAGCAGUCCGCGAGUGUGGGGCACGGCUGCUGCUCGAGCUGUACAUACACCCCGAUCUCCAGCUAAAGCAGCAGCAACAGCAGCAGCAACAGGAACAGCAGGAGCAACAGCAGCAACAGCAGCAGCAGCAACCCUGGGCUGACAUUCAUGCGCAUCUCAUGGCGGCAUUUCGUCACCACCAAGAAGUCGGCGACACGCGGGCGGCAGCUGCUGCGCUGCGCCGUGCGGUCCUUGCUGCUCCCUUGGCGGCUUCUUCCGUUGACCCGUUCAGCACGAGAGAAGGGAAGGCCCUGCAGAGCAAUCCAGAAGUGCAAUGUGCGGAGGCUUUGCGGGCAGCGUUUGAGGCUAACGAUGUUGCAGGUGUUGAGAAGAGUCUAUCGGUGUAUGUGCAGCAUCUGCAGCUGCUCGGCGCUACGGACCCCUUUGCUUUGCACUGCAGCAAGGCCCUGCUGCAGGCUGUCAGGUUGAGGCGGCUGCAAGCCAUCGCUGGCUGCUACUCUGCCUUCCCGCUGCAGCGGCUGCAGCAAGCAUUGCGGCUUUCAGAAGAAGACACCCGGCAGCUGCUGCUGCAGGUCAUUCAGCAAGACCAGCUUCCCGCCCUCAUUGAUGAUGAAGCGAAAAUGUUGCGCGUGCGCUGCCCCUGA